CCUUUUGAAGUGAAGUAAUGGUAAAACUUCACAAUGGCCGAAAAUACAAGUUUACUGUCGACCACUGUCUACAAUUUCUCCUCCGUGAACAUCUCGCGCCAUGUCACCAUUCCGGAACCCCCUCGGUAUAUCAUCAUCUUGGCCAGCGUCAUGUAUUCCUUGAUUUUCAUCGCCGGAGUCAUCGCCAACCUCUCUGUCGUCAUUGUCGUCGGUGCUGCAAAGCGCGUCAGGUCCCGGAUGAGCUUCUUGUUUGCCAACCUGAGCCUGGCCGACCUUCUGGUCCUCAUCGUCUGCAUGCCUUCAGCAGCCAUCGACCUCUUUGCCAAAGAAGUUUGGUACCUUGGCGAGUUUAUGUGUAAAUGCGUUCCAUUUGUUGAGAACUUAGUGUCACUGGCUUCUGUCCUAACAAUCCUGGUUAUUACGUACGACCGAUACCGAGGGGUCUGCCACCCCCUCUCCGUACGAUCCUUCUGGACCAAGCUCAGGGUACCGACAAUAAUCUUCAUAGUCUGGCUACUGGCGGGGCUGGCUAGUUUACCCGUCAUCUUCAUCGCCAUUUACCGUGACUCCAACUUCUUCGACGGAACGCCCAUCAAAGUCUGCAGAAUGCCCAUAAACAGCACCUGGAAGAUCGCGUACAUCUUGGGCAUCUUCGUGGUAUUCUUUAUCGUUAUUUUAGCGAUCCUGAGCGUGUUGAUCUUCCGUAUGUGCAAGAAACUCCUGUGGCAUGCCCAGUUCCUGGAAGACCGGGCGGAACAAGAUUCCGAGAAAACGGUGACCGGAAGACGUAGAAUCGUCUUCAUGCUGAUCAUCGUCAUCGUCACCUUUUUCCUCUGUCUGCUUCCUCAGCGAAUCGUUGGCAUCUGGAUCAUCUUUGCAGACCACGGCGCUCUUUACGCUUUGGGACUGGAGGGCUACCUUAACUUGAUUACGUUUCCAAGAGUAUUGAUGUACAUCAGCAGCGCUACUAAUCCCAUCAUUUACAACAUCAUGUCGACCAAGUUCAAGUCAGCCUUAAAAGACACAGUUUGCCACUGCAACAGAGUCGGUAUGUGUUGUCUAGACACGGUGCCUAGACUGAGGGCCCGGACAAGCAGCUUUCACCUGUCCAGACUGUCUCUGAGCUCCAAAAGCACUCACUUCCAGCAGCAGUGGUCGCCCCGUUCUCGUCACUCCACCGGCGAAUCAUCUCACAAUGAAACAAAGUUUAUGUUAAAGAAGGAAAAAUCUAUCGAAAGUGUAAUGUGACUUUACCAUUUUUUUCUGCAUGGUGUGUUUAUUUUGUUUUUGCAUGCAAACUAAUAUUGUACAGAAAUGAACAUCAUGGGCGAUGUGACUUACUUUUGGAUGUAACUGUAUCGUUUUUGGUGUAUAUUUGAUGGCAUAAAACAAAAUUCAAAAUAAAUAAAAAAAAAAAAUCGUAAAAAAGUUUUCCGACGG